AUGUCUGAGCUGAUCGAGGAGAAGAUCAAGAAUUACAGGACUGCUCCCUUUGACGCCAGGUUCCCCAACACCAACCAGACCCGAAACUGCUUCCGGAACUACCUGGACUUCCACAGGUGUAACAACGCUUUGUCAGACAAGGGUCAGGAUGUAGUGCCCUGCAACUGGUACCAGAGAGUCUACAAGAGCCUCUGUCCUAUGAGCUGGGUGCAAAAGUGGGAUGACCAGAUUGAUAGUGGACGUUUUGCUGGAAACAUCUAA